CUAGGCGUUCGGCCGCGCUUUGAGGAAAGAAGGGCCGCGAGGUUGGUGGGACCGACUCUUCGGACCCGGGAGGCCGCCUGGCAUGUUGGGAGUUGUAGUUCGCGCUGGUUUGGGGUGUCUGGCAUGGAGGUUCCAAAAUCCAAGGUUUGAUUUCAGCCUGCCCUUGCCAGUGCCUGGGCCUCUGGGAGCCGUUAUUGGCUGCCGUUAAGGACCGUUACCUUUCCCGGUGAUUCCUCGGCUCCUGGCUCCGCAGUCUCGGGACAGCCCUUUCCUGGGAAGAUGUUCUUGGUGGGCCUGACUGGGGGCAUUGCCUCCGGCAAGAGCUCAGUGAUCCAGGUGUUCCAGCAGCUGGGCUGUGCGGUGAUUGACGUGGACGUCAUGGCCCGACACGUCGUGCAGCCAGGAUACCCUGCCCACCGGCGCAUCGUAGAGGUCUUCGGCACUGAGGUCUUGCUGGAGAAUGGCGACAUCAAUCGCAAGGUCCUGGGGGACCUGAUCUUUAACCAGCCUGACCGGCGGCAGCUGCUCAACGCCAUUACCCACCCUGAGAUCCGCAAGGAGAUGAUGAAGGAGACCUUCAAGUACUUCCUCCGGGGAUACCGCUAUGUGAUUCUGGAUAUCCCCCUGCUGUUUGAGACCAAGAAAUUGCUGAAGUACAUGAAGCACACUGUGGUAGUAUACUGCGACCGGGACACACAGUUGGUGCGGCUGAUGCGGCGGAACAGCCUGAGCUGCAAGGAUGCAGAGGCUCGCAUCAAUGCCCAGCUGCCCCUGACAGAGAAGGCCCGCAUGGCCCGCCAUGUCCUAGACAACUCGGGCGAGUGGAGCGUCACCAAACGCCAGGUCAUCCUCUUGCACGCCGAGCUGGAGCGCUCCCUGGAGUACCUGCCGCUGAGGCUGGGGGUCCUCACGGGGCUGGCUGGCAUUGCCAUCCUCCUCUACCUGCUCACCCACUACCUUCUGCCUUACGCCUAGCGGGGCACUCAAGGCAGGGAGCCCAGGCCUCCAACUGUCUCCUUGGAGGCCGAAGCCAGGUAACACUUCCUGUUUCCUCCCAGCCCCCUCUACACACACACACACACACACACACACACGGAUGCUCUGAAUCGGGGCUGGGCCCCUGCGACAGGCCAUCCCUUCUUUGGAGUACAUCCUAUCUGAGGCCAAGAAACAGCCUGCUGUCCUUCCCACCUUCCCGAAGCACCACCUGCAGAACAGCAAUCCUGAUGGUGUGUGAAAGCAAGAGACUGCCAUACAUUUCUGUGGGCGGGGCUAGGGAACCCUGUCUCUGCGGCCCUCCCCAGCGCUGGGAAGCCAAGGGUUCACUGGGCUUGAACCCUCUCUGAGCACCUGCCCCGUCAUGGCCUAAACCUCCUCGGUGGACCAUGAGAAAUCCCAUUGGAGCAAGGGUUUCCACGUUCAGUCAGUAAGGCCCUCCCCUAGGCUGAGCCCUGGCCAGCAUGCAGUGAGGGUUCUCUUGUGGAUAAUGCUGUAGCCAAGCAGGGCCAGGCCUCUUCUGGAGACCCCCACCUCCCCACGUGGAGUUUGUGCAGUGCUCCCACACCCCGCUCAUGCCUCCCACCCCUGCUCUCACCUGGACCUCUUGGUACUCUGUGUGCACCAUGCUUGCUGUUUCUUGGCUCUGUGCCUUCAACCUGCUGCUCCUGGCCUGGGAUACCUUUUAUUUUCUUUUUCUUUUUUUUUAACGUACCACCAGCUCUCAGUUCAGGCACUGUCUGAAGCCCCAGGCUGGGUUAGGUGGUCUAGGAUACCAACUCCCCCUCAACAUUUCACCUUAAUCUGACAGUACAGUAAUUAGCCAAAAGCUGCCUGGUUUUUCCUACUAGAUUGUAAGCCCUCUGGGGACAGGGACAGUGUCUUAUUCAUUCUGUGUUCUUAGUGCAGAGCCUGGUUCGCUGUUGGUGCUUAAUAAAGUGUGUUGAUCUGAAAUGCCCCAGACUAACCAA